CAUUAAGGACAUUCAAGAUUGGUGCUGCCUUUCAUCUCCUGAUGGAGAUGGAACAAUGAGCGGCAUCGAAAACAGAGAAGUACUUCAAUCAAUCACUUCCUGCAACAACGUUGUUACCAGGAGAAGAGAUAAAACAACGGAAAUGGGCUCGUUGUCGAGGGAAGAGAGAAGACGUCGCAGAAGGGCGACACAGAAGUACAGGACUGCCCACGCGACCAGAGAAAGGAUCCGGGUCGAGGCGUUCAACGUGGCUUUCGCGGAGCUUAGAAAGCUGUUGCCGACUUUGCCGCCGGACAAGAAACUGUCCAAGAUCGAGAUUUUGAGGCUGGCCAUUUGCUACAUUGCAUAUUUGAAUCACGUUUUGGACGCGUGAAUUUUUUGUUGUGAUAUUAUUUACUUACUGUAAGUUUGUUGUGA